AUGAAGAGGUUCAAGAAAACCCUUCAUCGCAUCCGAGCGAAUGCUUCGGCCACUCGCGAGCGCCUCCGAGGAAAGUUUGCAGCCAAGCGCGAGUCCAACAAAGUGACAGUUUCCGAGGUCCCGGCUUCCGAGGUCUCGUAUGAAUCUGUCCAAACCAAGAACGCAGGCUUGGAAGUCCCUGGUCCAGAAGAUUCGGCUAUCCCGCGUGAGUUCGACCAAGUCGUGGAUGUAGUCCCGACAUCUAAGAAGGCAUCGUACAUGUAUUCCGACAGCGCACUCUUCUACAUCAGCCGCCUUGCUGGGGGAGAUUUCAUGGAAAGGCUCUGGUUGCAGUUUGGCACAUGGGAAUCGUUUGAGAACAGAUUCCUUGCAGACAUGAGAAUAUACCACCCGGAGAUUACCGCGAAUAGACGAAGCUCGUGCCGACUCGAUUGGCUGCCGCUGGAGAUCCGCGCAAUGAUCUGGAAGUACGUUUUUGACGACAGCAAAGAGGCAAUCUUUAUCGAGAACGAUGAGUUUAUCCCCAAGAUACCGGGUUCCACGAGACUUUUAUCGUUUGACUGGAUGUCGGAGACGUCGAUUGCAUACAUCAAUGCGCUGAGCAAUCGGACCCUGGUGGUGAUGGAUUUCCCCAGACAUGCGUACCUCGCCCCGCCAUGCCCAAUCUUCCGAGAACUGAUGACGAACCGAAUUCGAGCGAUAAAAUUCGCGCUGGGUGACAACGACCCCAAGAAGGCCAGGAAGCGCACUUGCGAUUUCGUCGCGUUCAUGGUAAAGCACAGAGAUGAGGGAUUUAUCGCCGUUCGCACGGUGAUUGUCGAAUUGAGAAGGAACUGGGAGAAUGAGUCCUUCACCGAGAGGGAUCUCGCCUACGUGUUGGUUUGUGGCGCAUUCGUUGCAAUGGAAAGAAUUCGAAUCAAUGGACAUAUCACAGAUGAGAAACUGAACCGUGUUCUGGAGCGAGCCCGAAAGCUAGCGCAAGUCUCGCAGAUUGCGGAAGCCUCGCAGAUUGCGGAAGCCUCGCAGAUUGCGGAAGCCUCGCAGAUCACGGAAACCUCGCAGAUCACGGAAACCUUGCAGAUUGCGGAAGCUUUGCAGAUUGCGGAAGCCUCGUUAUGA